CGUCGGCUUCUUUCCUCUCCUGUAUCUCGCUCGCUCGCUGCUCUCGGUGGCCCUCGCUCGAAUCUAAAAGGAGAGCGUUUCCCUCUCUCCUUCCUCCGCGUCCUGUGGCUAUUGGUCGCCGGAUCGUGUCGAUUUCUUAGCGAGGCGGCGGCGGCGGUGGUGGGGAAGAGUCCGAUGGCUUCGGAGAUCGAGGUGGUGGACGAGGGGACCGCGGUUGCGGGAGGAGCAGCGGUGGAAGGAGCGGCCGAGGAUUCGUCCAAGAACGACGUGUACACUGCGGCGGCCUACGGCGAUUUGGAGAGGCUCCAGCGGCUGGUGGAGGUGGAGGGGUGCUCCGUCUCGGAGCCGGACGGGGCUGGGUACUACGCCCUCCAGUGGGCGGCUCUCAAUAAUCGCACCGCAUCCGUCCAGUACAUUAUCGAGCAUGGAGGAGAUGUAAACGCCACCGACAACACAGGGCAGACAGCUCUCCAUUGGAGUUCAGUGCGAGGCCACAUCCAGGUUGCCGAUGUAUUGCUCAAGGAAGGUGCUCGUGUUGAUGUGUCAGACUUGUAUGGGUAUCAGAGCACUCAUGUUGCAGCACAGUAUGGUCAGACUGCAUUUUUAUACCAUAUUGUCAUAAGAUGGAAUGCUGAUCCAGAUAUCCCUGAUAAUGAUGGAAGGAGCCCUUUACAUUGGGCUGCUUAUAAGGGAUUUGCCGAUUGCAUACGGCUUCUUUUAUUUCUAGAUGCUUAUAGGGGGCGACAGGAUAAAGAGGGUUGUACUCCACUACAUUGGGCAGCUAUCAGAGGAAAUCUAGAGGCAUGCACAGUUCUAGUUCAAGCUGGGAAGAAAGAAGACUUGAUGAUUGCUGAUAACACUGGUUUAACUCCUGCUCAGCUUGCAUCAGAUAAGGGGCAUCGACAAGUUGCUUUUUUCCUUGGCAAUGCUAGAAGGGUGUUUGACAGGCGGUGUGAUGGAAAUAGUGGCCGUGGUAGGUUAUCAAAGUUAGGACUUGCACCUGUUCUUUGGUGCGUGAUUAUUGCUAUGCUGUUCACCUAUAUUCAAUCAGUUAUUGCAGGUUCUUAUGACUUCAGCUUAUCAACUGCCUUUGGGCUUCUAGCCUGGUCAGGAGUUUUCCUGGCAACUACAGGAUUAGUCUUGUUUUAUAGGUGUAGCAGGAAAGAUCCUGGUUUCAUCAAUAGAAGCACAAGGGAUGUACAAAGCCUCCGAGAUGAUGAACCUUUACUAAAGACAGAAUUGAAUCACCCUGCCCUGUUGGCUGGAAAUUGGUCACAGCUCUGUGCGACAUGCAAGAUUGUGAGGCCAAUCCGUGCAAAGCAUUGCUCCACCUGUGAUCGAUGCGUUGAGCAGUUUGAUCAUCACUGUCCUUGGGUAUCUAAUUGCAUCGGCAAGAGAAAUAAGUGGGACUUCUUGAUGUUUCUCCUUCUUGAAGUUUCUGCCAUGAUUAUUACUGGUGUUGUUGCCAUUAUAAGAAUAGCGAGAGAUCCUUCACCGCCUUCUUUCGGUGGAUGGUUGAGUCAUAAUACAAUCGAACAUCCUGGAGCCAUAGCAUUUCUAAUAAUGGACUUCUUUCUUUUCUUUGGUGUUGCAGUUUUAACUUUUAUACAAGCAUCCCAGAUCUCGCGGAACAUAACAACAAAUGAAAUGGCAAAUGCUAUGAGAUACAGCUACCUCAGAGGCCCAGGUGGGCGGUUCAGAAAUCCGUACGAUCAUGGAAUUCGCAAGAACUGCUCAGAUUUCCUCUUCAAAGGAUACAAUGAAGAUGUGGAGCUGCCGGAGCAAACACCACCGUCUGAAGAGAUGGCGAUGAUCCCGAUGACCCGAAACUCAAAUUUACAGAACGGUGAGCCGCAUCAAGUGAACAAUGGCCAUGGCCGUGGGCAUGUCUGCGUCGAUAUUCAGGCCAAAAAUUCCAAAUCUCAUGGGCAUGCCAAUCCUUCAACGUGUUGCAAUACCAACAGCAAGAGCGACAGCGUGCCCCUUGGACUUGGCCUGGGCCUUGGUGGUCGAAACAAUCGUCACAACUCAAGGAUUCUGCCAUUGUGAUGCUUCAUACCACUGGAGGGCUUCAGCUUCUUGUCCAUGUGUACCUAUGGAAAUGUUCCGACCACCGGAGAGCUUCAGCUUCUUGUCCAUGUAUCGUAACUAUUGGAAUGUUUGGUUGCAUUCUUGAGGGAGUCUAGAUCAUUGUCAUAGGCUAUUCGAAAGCAGUUUUGACCUGAUGAAUUAUUACUUCAGCUCAUGAGUGCUAUGCUGAAUGAUAGAUUGUUUAUGCCAAAGAACAUUUUCGGAUAAGAAAUGAUAUUGUUGCGAGGGAAAUGAAUCGCGGCAGAGUA